AUGGCUGAUUCCCAGGGGCGCUGCCGGUGCCGCCCGCCGAGCGCCCGCCAAGAUGGCGCCGUGUGGGGCGGCGGGGGCCGCGGGCGGGGGCCCGGGCGAGCGGCGGGGGCCAGGGCUGGCCCAGGCCCGGGCCGGGCGGGGGUCGGUGCGGUCCUGGCGCUGGCGGUGCUCGGCUGGCUGCAGGUGGCCCGCGGCGCCGGGAGCCCCCCCGUUGCAGGCGGCCCCGCGCUCCAGCCCUACUCGCCGGGCCCGCACGGCCCCCGGCACGGCCACCGGCACGUCCGGGACUGCCAGCCCCGCAGGUACGGCAAUGUCACACACGAGACCUGGCCCGGCGACGCCAGCACGGCCGGCCCGGUGGCCGCCACCAGGACGUUCGUCUCGUACUUCCCCCCCGAGGGCAGCGACCGCAAGGUGCUCUACGGGCACUUCACGUUCGUGAGGAACCCCCUGCGGACCCUGUCGGUGCUGGAGCCGGGCGGCGCCGGCGGCUGCCGGGAGCACCGCAGAGCCACCGUGCAGGAGACAGCCCGGCUCGGGAGCUGUCUGGUGGCCCAGAACGGCGGGUACUUCAACAUGGACACCGGAGAGUGCCUGGGCAACGUGGUGAGCGAUGGGAAGCUGGUGUUGAACUCUGGAGGGAUUCAGAACGCUCAGUUUGGCAUCCGGAAGGAUGGCACCAUGGUGUUCGGUUACCUGUCUGAGGAGGAUGUCUUGGAUCAAACAAACCCUUUUGUGCAGCUUGUGAGUGGGGUGGUUUGGCUCCUCAGAGAUGGAGAAGUUUACGUCAAUGAGAGCCGGAUGGCCGAGUGUGGGGACACUCAAACCACAGGGACCUUCGACAAGUUCAUCGAUGUGAUCUCGGCCAGGACUGCGGUGGGACACGAUCGCCAGGGCCGGCUGGUCCUGGUCCACGUGGAUGGACAGACGGAAUCCAGGGGGGUCAACCUGUGGGAAAUGGCAGAAUUCCUGAAGCAGCAGGGAGUCGUCAAUGCCAUCAACCUGGAUGGUGGAGGCUCUGCCACGCUGGUCUUAAACGGGACCCUUGCCAACUACCCCUCUGAGCACUGCUCCUUUGACAGCACGUGGCGCUGCCCCCGGCGCGUCUCCACCGUGGUGUGCGUGCACGAGCCGGGCUGCGACCCCCCCGACUGCAGCGGGCACGGGCUGUGCCAGGCCGGCCUCUGCCGCUGCUCCGGGCCCUUCUGGACAGGCCCUGCCUGUGACAGCCUGGACUGUGGCCCUGCCAACUGCAGCCUGCACGGCCUCUGCACCGCCUCUGGGUGCCUGUGUGAUGCCGGCUGGACUGGCAGCAACUGCACAGAAGCUUGUGCUCCUGGUCUCUAUGGGGAAUCUUGCAGCCAGAAAUGCCAGUGCCAGCAUGGUGGCUCCUGUGACCCCGUGAACGGAACCUGUGCCUGCCCCCCUGGCUUCUAUGGCACCAGCUGUGAGCACGAGUGUCCCCUGGGCUGGUUUGGGCCCAACUGCCAGAGCCAGUGUGAGUGUGAGCACUCGUGUCCCUGCGACCGCCAGAGCGGCAGCUGCAACACCACCCACGACCUGCAGGAGCAGCUGCACAGAGCUGGACAGUGUUUGGCUUCCCAGAAUAAGGAGAGGAGCACAGGAAGAUUCUCUCUGUCAGAGAGCUCGUGGCUGUCCCUGAGCUGCGGGCUGGCCCUGCUGCUGGUGCUCAGUGCCCUGGGGAACGUGGGGCUGGUGCUGAGGGCGCGGUCGGAGCGGCAGGGCGGGGACUAUCGGUACCACCCCCUGAGGGACAUCAACGGCACUGCCACCCACACCCCCAGCGCCGCUGCCUGGGAGCCCGAGGACAAUCAGGACUCACUCUAGAGUCCCCGAUGGGAAGAGAGGAGGUUUUUCACUGUGCCCCCUGCACAGCCCCUCAGCGCUGGCCGGGACAGUCACUGUGCCUGAGGUACCUCAGCCCAGCAACUCCCUCGCUCAGCCCUGGCUCCCUCGCUGCUGCUCCAGCCCCGUGAUGGGAUGCAGGGCACUGGGAAAGGGACUUCCACAGCGGCAGCAGGGAAGGAAAGGGGCUGGUUCCUUCGGAAUCUGGAGGGAACCAGGUGAGCAGUGCCAGCCACAGGCACCUCAGGAGGGUCCCUGCCCACCUGGGCAGUGCUGAGUGGUUUUGAGGCUCAAGGUAAACUGCCUCCAGCACAGAGCUGGUGCCUAAGGGUGUUAGAGUCCAUGUCUGCCCUUCCCUGGGGAGCUCAGAUUUUAAUCAGAAAAGUGACAAAACGUUUUAAAAUGUUGCAGCAGGUGCAGCCCCCAGUGAAACCAGAGCCCUCCUCCUGACUGGGGUCACAGGGUUGGGGCUUUCAGGCACCCCCAGUGUUUCCUGAGCCAGUCCUCAGCCCCCAAGCGUGUCAUGAGCGCUGCAUUUUGGGGAGGCUCUUGCAGCUCAGCGACAGGAAAAGCCUUGUCAGGUCUCAAGUUCCAUUGGUGCAUCUCUGUAGGCUCUGGAGGCUCAGGGACUGUCACCAGCCAGGGAAGGGGACAGACAGGGACAGCCUGGCAUGGCUGGCAGGGCACAGCCUGGGCUGCCCUGCCCCAGCUGGACUCCUCAGAGAGAGCACAACCAGCAAGUUCUUCAAACCCUCCCAGCUCCCAAACACCUCGUCUGGAAAUUCAGAACCCCCUCCUUGCACAAUUAAAGUAAACCAGUGUUUGAGUUUGCUUCCAGUGAGGGAAAGGCAGCCUUUACCCUGCCCCUUGGAUGCUGCAGAGGGGUUGGAGCCUGUCUGAGCCCCAGCACUCACAGGUUUAUGCACUCACUCACUCCCUUCUUCCCUCCCCAUGGAAAGGAUGUGUAAUUUCUGUGCCAUCAGGUCAGCCUGUAACCAGAAGACUCUAUUUUUCUAUGAUUUACAGAAGAUUAUUUGAAACUUGAAUAAAGUCUAUUAGUGCUACCUGCCUGAAACUCAAGAGUCCUGCUGUCCAGCUGCAGAAGGAGCCGUGAUCCUCUCCCAGUUCACCUCAGCCCCCCAUGGGAACCCAGGGGCCCUUUUAUUUGAAAUAACAGCCACGCUGCAGGAUGUGCUGUCCCAGCCUGCUCUGUGCUAGGAAAAUAAACAAAAAUGCUGGUUCUGCAGGGAAAAAAAUGGCCAUUUUAAUUCAAAAGCAGGAAUAAGUGAACACAAGCCAGCCUUACCUCUGCUUCCAGGGGAAAGAGCAGCACACAGGCUGAAAUUCCCAACUUCCCACGAUCUGAACAAUUGCAUCAAACAAUUCCACAUAUUCUUAGAGAUGCUGUUUUAUUUCCAACAUACCCAAAGGUACCCACAGACAAGCACUGAAGUACAUUUGUUGUCAGGGAACACGUUACAGGGCCUUGCAGUUUGCAGAGGGCUCUUAAAGGAGAUUUGGCUGAGAAAAAAUGAGAAUUUCAGUAAAUAAAACCAAAGCCAGCUGCGAGGGAGAGAGAGUAAGUAAAAUAAUUAAUGCCCAUUUAACUGAUGCAUGUAACUAAGAACCUGGAGGUGGGUGUUGGUGUCACUAAAAGCCUGUGCAUGUGACACAACUCCAAUUUUGCCUUCCAAGAGAGAAAUAAUCAGGUGUGAGGAUCGUGACAAGCGUGUUGGAGAAAUAUUAAAAGCUGAAUCCAUGCAGGAAUCUUUGAGAACUGCUGUCAGUUAAUGGUCUAAUAGCUGCUCUUUGCAUUAAUUGCUCACAGUAUAAACAUGUGGGAUAUUACAGCAGUGUGUGCCUUUGGAA